AUGUAGAAAUAGUUAAAAAAGGCAUUUGGAAAAAAAUUUGCUGAUCCAAGUAUUAUUAUGUGCCCAAGCAAUCACCAAUUAAAAAUGAAGGAUAGCAUUCCUACUGUAAAGUAAACUAUAGUUGCUUGUGAUAUUUGUCAUAAGGAUCAAAUUGAUAAGCAUUUGAUUUACUUUAAAUGUGAAUCAAGCUGCAAUUAUGACAUAUGCUCAAGUUGCUACAUUUUACAUUUAUUUGGACUAAAUACAGUAAUUGAAUAUAUUAAAAUGGGUGUAGACAGAAACUUUGAAAGAGUUUAAUAAGGGUUACCAAUUGAGCAUAUUAGUGUGCUUUCAAUAAUUUAAUAAUUGAAGAAAUUUUGA